GAAGAAAUGUGGUGUUAAAAUCUGAGUAUUUUGGUCCCUGUGUUUGAUGAAGAAAAGAAGUUGCUUAACAAAAACUGAUUUGGAAAACGCAUCUGUUCUAAAGAGAACCGAAAGUGAUUUGUGUUGGAAAAGAAAUAACAAACCAUCUGAAGUCCAUCCUUUUAAAGGUGAUCAGGAGCCUCAUGAUAACUGUUUAAAUGUCUAUCAGCAGUUAACAAGAUCUUAUUCAUGGCUUAAACAAAAUGUUUUCCACAGUCCUGAUGCUGAAAGUAUUGUGAUUUCUAACAAAAAAAUAAAGCAUGUUCUAAAGGAAUUUAACAACAAAAAUUUUACUGUACAAAACUCAACAAUGGAAGAUGAUAUUGUUAGCAAAACUACUGCAGCAGAAAAAGAAACAGAGAAUACUGAUCAACAAAAGGAUUCGUCCUCUGCUAAGACAGUAGGAAGUAAACCAGCUUCAGCUGCUAAAAUAGCUGAAGAUAGUAAACAUGCAGAUGCCAGUAAAGCAGCAGAUGCUAGUAAACCAACAGAUGCCAGUAAACCAGCGGAUGCCAGUAAGCCAGCGGAUGCUAGUAAACUAGCUGAAGAUAGUAAACCAGCAGAUGCCAGUAAACCAGUAGAUGCUAGUAAACCAGCAGAUGCUAGUAAACCAGCCAAAGAUAGUGAACCAGCAGAUGCUAGUAAACCAGCUAAAGAUAAAAAACCAGCAGAUACUAGUAAACCAGGCGACGCUACUAAACCAACAGAUGCUAGUAAACCAGGUGACGCUACUAAACCAACAGAUGCUAGUAAACCAGGUGACGCUACUAAACCAACAGAUAGUAGUAAACCAGGUGACGCUACUAAACCAACAGAUGCUAGUAAACCAGCAGAUUCUAGUAAACCAACAGAUGCUAGUAAACCAGCAGAUGCUAGUAAACCAGCAGAUGCUAGUAAACCAGAAGAUCCUAGUAAACCAGCAGAUGCUAGUAAACCAGCUAAAGAUAAAAAACCAGCUGAUAGUAGUAAACCAGGCGACGCUACUAAACCAGCAGAUGCUAGGAAACGCAAGAUGACUGAAGAAGAAGAAAAGAAAAAGUUAUCUGAAGCUGAUGAACGUGCUAAAAAUAUGGCAAAGUUUAUAGAAGAAAUGAAGGCCUCUUUAGUAGAAUAUGCCAAGAAAGAGAACAUGACGGAAGAAGAUGCCAAGGAAAUGCUAAAGAUGCAAGAGGAAUUGAUGGCAAAACUUUCAGAAUUUGAAGAACUUACUAAGAAUAUCCAAAAUAUUGCCGGAAUAGAGAAUGUUAGUUCUGCUUUACUAGGUACUCCUACCCAGUGCCGAGAAGUGAAUCCUUGUGGUCCAAGUCAUUUUGAUAAUUUUCCUAAAGUAAUUUGUUUUGAUAGGAUUUCUCAGCAUGAGCUCGGUGUUCCAAAUAUGAUAGUUUGUGAACCAGUAUGUAAAGAGAAAAGGAGCCCAUGUGUGGAUAUGAAACAACAGGGGAGGACUUAUCCAACUCCAGAACAAAUGAGAAGGGGAUUCCCUCCAGAUUGUGAUGCUGAAAGAUAUAUUCAAAAAGACCUCUCACGAGAGCUACAUUCUACAGAAGUUAUAGGUAUGUUGGACAGACAGGGGGUGCUUGGACAACCAUAUCAAAAUACUCAGAGACCAAAUGCUCCUGUAAUGCAACCUCAAACUCAGACUUACCCAGCUAUGUUUAGGUCUGAGAUGGCAGCUAAUCAACCUGGUGUGAUGAUGCAACAACAAAGAGCUGGUGGGUUUAAUCAUCCAUGGGUUAUACCAGGACAACAAGCUUGGUCUGCGGUCCAACAACCUGGAGGAAUGAUGGGACCACAACCAGGAAUGAUGGGUCUUCAAUCAGGAAUGAUGGGUCCUCAAUCAGGAAUGAUGGGUCCUCAAUCAGGAAUGAUAGGGCCUCAUCCAGGAAUGAUGGGACCUCAGCCAGGAAUGAUGGGGCCUCAGCCAGGAAUGAUGGGACCUCAACCCAUGGGGAUGUUGGGUGCUCAAGGACAAAUGACAAUGAUGGGUUCAAAAGCUUUACCAGCUACAAUGAAUCCCCAAGGUCAAAUAAAUACGAUGAAUCCUCAAGUUCAAAUAAAUACAAUGAAUCCACAAGGAGCACCAGGAAUGUACCAAACAACAGAUCCACAAACUUCACCUGGAAUGAUACAAGUAAAGGAUACCCUACCACCAACAAUGAUGAAUAAAAUAGAUGUAAAAACUCAACCGGGUAUGAAUAAAACAAAAGAUAACACAGAAUUGUCUUCAGAUCCAACUGGGAAACCUGGAUUAACAAUUAAACAACAAGAAUUAAUCUCAACACAAACCACCACGAAAAUUUCAAGUGGUAAUCAAAUCAUAACUGAACACAGUGAAUCUGAUAAAACUCAAGAAAGAAACAUAGAAAUCACAACAGUUGAUAAAACAAAAGCUGAUACAGAAAGGAAGCAGACAAAAUCAAUGCCUGAUGAUGUGUUAGGUGGACUUAAAAAACAAAUUGAAAUUCUUCAGGCUGAAAUGAAAGGAGUUAAGGCAGAAAACAGGGACCUUCAGAAAAGAGUUUUAAUGUUUUCUCCUGAUGCUACUAAACAAAUGCUUAGGUGUCGUGCUGACGUUCCAGUCAUUUGCAGAAAAACUUUAGCAACAACACCUGUUUGCAAGUUAGAUUUAUAUCGGCAGUUGAAUUUGCCUUUACCAAGCCCUUUAGGAAUAAAACCGACCAACAGGGGAGGAGCUUUUCCACAGCCUCAACUGCAGCUUCCUUAUCAACAAGUUCCUUGUCCAGGAAAGUGUCGCAAGGAGUUUGCUAAUAAAAUUGUAUGCAGGCGUAAUAUUUUGAAACAGCUAGGUCCAUUUGGUGAGGAAGGAGCAACCAGAGAUAUGGAAACUAUGGUGACCUCUAUGGAGGAAGAAGUGAAGGUGCUACAGGCUGAAUUAAAUUCUGUACAGGAGGAAAGGCGCCAAUUAGAAAUGCAAAAGAAGCUUUUAACUUGUACAGCUCCAGCUAUAGCCGGCAAAGGGGCAGGAAUAAGUUCUUCUCCUACAAACGUUGAAACAAGAGGCACCCAAGUAUUGCCGAAAACUUUGAGAACUGAUGGUCUCCCUAGCAUGGCGACACCCUUAAGAGACUUAAAAGAACAGUACAGUAAACUACAGCAGGAUUUCCAACUGAAGGUAGAAGAGAUAUCUAUGUUACGAGUUGAGCUGGAAUCUGCCAGGAGAGAAUCAUUAGCUUCGAUAGAGAAAAGUGAAGAAGCUGAAGCAAGAGUAGAUGAAUUAAUUACAAGAUUAAAAGCUGUUGAGGAUGAGAAAUCCAAGAUUACUAGCAAUAAAGAUCAACUGAUGGAACUGGAACAACAGUUAGUUUUAGCAAAACAGAGGUAUAAAGAGAUCAAUGAAGAACUUGAUGAAUUAAGGAGUCAAAUAGCUGAUCAAGCUAUGCAAACAGAUGAUUAUAGGAAAAAGUUUCUUAGUGCGCAACAGACUGUAGAAGAGCAAAAGCGUCAAAUUGAAAUGAUGGAAAUGGAAAGUAGUAGAUUUGGAGAACAAGUUACACUUGAACUUCAAAGAGUUAAGGCACAGUUUCAUUCAAAACUUGAGGAAUUGGCUCCUCUACCAGAGAUUUUAAGAAAGACACAAGAAAAGUUAAAAGAAACGAUUCACCUUAAAACACUCGCUGAAAAAAAUUGUUUGAUUUUGUCACAAAACUUGGAAAUAGCUAAUGACCAGAAAGAAAAGUUGAGAGAGGAGCUGAAUGAAAUUAAUAGAAAUAAAAAUGAGAGUGAAGCCGAGAAAGCUUCAUUGAAAAUUAAUCUCACUGAUGGUGAAAAGAAAAUGGAAGAGACAAAAGCUGAAAAUAAUAAACUAAGGUCUACUGUUAUUCGGCUAGAGGACUUGGCAAAGGUAACUGAAAGAAAAUAUGAAGGAAAAGUUCAGGAAUGCCUUCAACUCCAAAGUCAGUUGGAAACUCUUAGGGAAGAGUCCGCAAGGCAAGUCUCCAGAAUCAAGGACAGGUAUGAAAACAUGAGGAAAUCUCUUCAGAGCCAGAUAUUUGAAUUGGAAAAUCAGUUGGCUGCAACAAGAGCUUCUGCUAAAGCUGCUCAGAAAGAUAGAGAUGAUAUACGACAGAAGAUGCAAGCUCAAAUAAUACAGUUAAAUCAGAAUUUUGAUCAAGCUCAGAUGAGGAUUCGGAGUUUACAAUCUCAUGUGAAUUAUUUGAAAACCUCCUACACAAAUAUAUUUUCUCCAGCUGACAAGACCGAUUCUUCAGUCAUUCUUCCAUAAAUAAUUUUUCAGCUGACCCGAUGGUCUGACUGUAGAUUUUUUUAUAGUAAUAAAAAAUAAUUAUCUUCACUUUAAAUCAAAAUUUUUUCACUAAUCCUAUUUUAC